GGUACGCGCAGGGGGCUGACGCGACGUUCCCGGAGCGAUAUCCUUGGGAUGUUUCACCCGGCCGAAAGGCGGAAGAGCCGCGAGCAAUCGGGACGACGCUGAAAAUCCCCGUCGGCUGUUCGGAGUCUGCAGCUCCUCUGGGAGGAUGGACGACGCCCUGAGGAACCGGACGGUGGAGGAGCUCCAGGAGCUGCAGGAAAACGCGGAGGAGAUCGAGCGCCUGGCCCUGGAAUCCCGGGAGGUUCAGGAGCUGCAGCUGGAGAGGGAGAUGGCCCUUGCCGCCAACCGGAGCUUGGCCGAGCAGAACCUGAAGUUCCAGGCGCCGCUGGAGACGGGGCGCGCCGACCUCUCUAACAAAUACGAAGAGCUGCAGGAGCUGGCUGAGCGGUGUAAAGAGCAAAAGGCAAAACUGGAGAAAUUUUCAGCGGCGAUGCAUCCUCAGGCCUUGCUGGAUCUCCUGCAGGUGGAAAGCCAGAAAAUCGAAGAGGAGUCUGAGAAAAUGGCCGAGAGGUUCCUGGAGGGCGAGGAGCCCCUGGAGACGUUUCUCGAGCGGUUUGCCGUGAUGAGGAAGUUGUCCCACUUGCGCCGGGUCAGGGUUGAAAAGCUGCAGGAGAUGCUGAGGAAGUCGGAAGCGGCGCAGGAGCCCGGCAGGGACUCUCGGCAGCGGCCGGCGCCCCCCCCCCUGCCUGGG